AUGGCAUCGAUAGCAGAAAUGCAUGAAGACAAGGAAUUAGAGAACCACCGCGACAGCCGUACUACGAAUGGUUCCGGUGCUCAACAAGCCCCCGAUCGACGACACCCGCGUCUCAGCAUCGCCAUCCACAUCGUGGGGUCUCGCGGCGAUAUCCAGCCUUUUAUACCUAUCGCCCAAAUGCUCGCGGGCCCGCGCUAUGGCCACCGUGUGCGGAUCUGUACGCACCCUCACUUCAAGGACUUUAUAGAAUCCCACGGCGUCGAGUUCUUCAGUAUCGGUGGGGAUCCUGAGGCUCUCAUGGCAUACAUGGUCAAAAAUAUGGGCUUAAUACCUAACCGUACGAGCAUCAAAGCCGGCGACGUCAAAAGGAGGCGCAAAGAGAUGUGGGAAAUAAUUAAUGGCUGCUGGCGAAGCUGCAUUGAGGCUGGCGAUGGCACUGGAGACCCCUUGACUGCAACAUCUAUUAAAGAUCCCGAAGAGCUCUUCUUGGCUGACCUUAUUAUCGCUAACCCACCAUCAAUGGCCCAUAUACAUUGUGCCGAAAAGCUGAGCAUUCCACUCCACAUGGUGUUCACCAUGCCAUGGUCGCUUACCGAGGCCUUCCCACACCCCCUGUCGGCCAUGGCGUAUAGGGAUGCGGACCAGGGCGUAGCUAACUACAUGUCUUUCCUCAUGGUAGAGCUACUGACCUGGGAAGGGCUUGGUGACCUGAUAAACAGACUCCGGGUGCAAACCCUCCACCUCGACCCUCUGAGCGCCUUUUGGGGGUCUCAGCUCCUCUUUAGACUUCACGUUCCAUAUACUUAUCUUUGGUCCAAGGCCCUGGUGCCCAAGCCGAAAGAUUGGCGCUCCUAUAUCAACAUCACGGGGUUCUCCUUCUUGCCCUCGUCCACCUCAUAUACGCCCCCGCCAGAGCUUCGGACCUUUCUCAAAAGCGGGCCUGCGCCCAUCUACAUUGGUUUUGGCUCUAUAGUCGUCGACGAUCCACUGAGCCUAACCAAAACGGUGUUCGAAGCUAUCAAAAUCGCCGGCGUUCGUGCGAUCGUCUCCGAGGGCUGGGGUACGUUCAGGUGCCAGGAUAACAUCCCGGAGAAUGUGUUCAUGCUGGGAAACUGCCCCCACGACUGGCUUUUCCCACAAGUCGCUGCCGUUGUCCACCACGGAGGUGCUGGGACCACGGCAGCGGGCAUAGCUACCGGAAAACCAACAGUCAUUGUGCCGUUCUUCGGCGAUCAGCCUUUCUGGGGCCAAAUGAUCGCUCGCGCCGGCGCGGGCCCCAUGCCCAUACCUUUCAAAGACCUGACAGCCGACAACCUGGCCGACAGCAUCAAAUUCUCCCUGCGACCCGAGGCCGGCACAGCCGCGCUGAAAAUGGCUCGAAUUAUCGCAUCAGAGGACGGCGCCAGUGGCGCAGCUGACGACAUUCAAGCUCGCAUUGAUAGGGAUGCACUCUGGUGCGCAUUGUCUCCCGAUAGGAUUGCUAUUUGGGAGCACAAGGUCAAAGGUACCCGCAUAAGCGGCUUUGCGCUGGCAUGUUUGAUCGAAAAGGGUCUGGUCGACUAUCAUGACGUCAAGAUAAUCAGGCAUAAGACUUGGAACCUUGACGACGGAGCCAAGCAUCCUCUUGUGGGCGCGGCGGCAGCUGCGUCGUCCUUCAUCACAGCCAUAAUGUUAGCGCUGGGAGAUUAUUCUAAUGAACUCAAGAAACGUCCGGUAUCAACAGCGUCUAAAGGCAAGCCGCGGCCAGUCGAGCCGAAUUUGUCUACCAUGGUGGCCGAAGACGAAGCCGCGCCGCUCGAAGACAACCUCCAAAAUCUAUCCAGAAGUGAGCAUAGGCAUGCCGAGAACCAUCGACCAGAUCCGAGGGCCUUGGAACGGCUCGAUGCCCUUGUCCUUGAGACAGCUGCGAAACUAGUGCCGGGGUCAUUGGCCCAACAGCCCACAUCGUCCUCAAUCAACCUGCGUCAGGUGGCUGUACAAACCAAGUACCAAGGCCGGCGCGGCAAUUCUAGAUUUAUCAUGCGAGCCACGGGACGAUUGGCUGGCGAUCUGAGCAAGGCCUGUCUCAGGGUCCCCGUUUCGCUAUCAUAUAACAUUGCCAAUGGCUUCCAUAAUUUGGCUUGGUACAGCUUCAUGCACAAGAUGGACGCUCGGCGGCGCGAUGAGAUCGAUGGAUGGAAAAGCGGUCUACGCGCUGCUGCCAAGGAGUCUUCAUUGUCAUUAUGGGAAGCCUUCACCAGUGUAUUCCUAAGUCCAUAUCUGGGCGUCAAAGAGGGCGGAAUGAAAGGACUCAUGAUCGGCACCUACCUCGGCGCCCGAGGCUGCUUCUGCCUCCUUGGAGCUUGUAAGUUCAUUCCUUCGUCUAGAAUCAAGGCCCUUCUUUCCUAUCGGGAGGACUGCAGAUGGCCUGAGCCUCAAGUCCUCCAGAUAGUUAACCGAUCCCAGCGUUGUUUGCCAUACCAGGGUAUUCUCUCAAGGGAGUCGAGAGAGAGUUAA